AUGGCAAUUAAUUCAUAUGAGCCAAUCGAGUGUUUCAAACUCUUUUUCACUGAUGAAUUAAUUAAUUUAGUUCUUUUGUACACAAAUCAAGAAAUAGAUCGUCAGAGAGUAAAUUACAAAAAUAAUGAGAGCGCAAAUUUAUGUCAUGUGACAUUAUCUGAACUCAAUGCUUUAUUUGGUGUUUUGAUAUCGGCAACUAUGUCAGAAAGUAAAUUUAAUUUUUUAAUUAAUUGUUUGAGGUUUGAUGACAGAAACACUCGUCCCCAGCGUAAAAAGGAAAUAAAGUUAGCACCUAUUUCUAUCAUAUGGGAUAUUUUAAUGAAUAAUUGUAGAAACAAUUACAAGCCCGGAAGUUACGUAACUAUUGACAAACAAUUAGAAGAAUUUAGAGGAAGAUGGCCAUUCAGGAUGUAUAACCCAUCUAAACCUACGAGGUAUGGAAUCAAAAUAGUGAUGAUGUGUAAUAAUUCAUCGAAAUAUGUCUUUGAUGCUGUACCAUAUUUAGGAAAAGGGACAGUACCUAAUGGUUUAGUUGGUGCUGACUUUUUUGUGAAACAAUUAGUAGCUAGUAUAAAAGGAUCCAAUCGUAAUGUGACCAUAGAUAAUUGGUUUCGUAAUAUACCAUUAGUACUAUCUCUUUUGAAAGAAGGAAAGCUAACUAUAAUCGAAAGCCACUAUCUAGAUUCUAGAAUACACUUUAUGUUAGGAUUGCACAAGCAACUGACAGAAGAAUGGCAAUGUCAAAGGUUAAACAUUCCAAGUAUCAGCAAAGAACUUAGGAGAACUAUACAAGAGGUGAUUGGUGAAAAACAAGGUACAAUUGAUACAAGUCAUAACACUCAAUCAGGUCCAAGAAAGUAUUGCACAUUUUGUAAUUAUAAAAAGAAAAGAUUGACGACCACAUACUACAUCGGAUGUGAGAGACUUGUUUGUGGAGAACACCAGAAAAAAAAAAUGUAUUGA